CAAAUUCUGCUGCUAGGAGUUUUGUACCUACUAUUUACUGCAUCUUGAAAUAAUCAGCAUAACCAGAAUAUUGAAAGGAAAACAAAAAUCAGUCAAGGAAUAUAUCUAAUUGUCAAGCUGAAAGACAUGCAUUCCAAAUCAAAUCUUCAUUUCAUCAUUUUUAUGGCGUUACUGAGCAUCUCAGUUCAUGGAUUCCAUGUGGAUGAUUCUGAUAAGCAUUCCAUAAGUGAAUCAAUUAGGUAUAUUGCUCUUCCUAAAAACGCAUCUGAAACCCUAUCAGAAUCCUUCGUCGAGUUGAUUAAACAGAUAAUGGAUGUACAAGUUCAAUUGGCAAUCAAGAUGAGAGAGAUGGAAAAACGAGACAUUGAAUUGAGUGUGAAAGAAAAAGAGGCUGAAAAACAAAAGGAUGAAAUAAAAAAGCUAGAGGACCUAUGCAAGCAGAAGGAAGAAUACAUCAAUAAAACAGCAGCAGUACUCAAAAAUAAAGAAGAAAAGAUCAAAUUGAGAGAAACGCAGGUUCAGAAAAACGAACAAAGCGUCGAUCAGGCAGAAAAGGAAAUCAAAAUCAAAAUGAAACUUGUGAAAGAACAAGAUGAACAAGUCCAACAGAGGGAAGAAAGUAUUAACUCAACACAUAUUGAAAUAAUAAAUCAGCAGCAACGUUUAAAAACACUGGAAGAGGAGUUCAAACGAACAGAAGCAGCUAUAAAAUUGCAAAAAGUUGAAAUAGCUAAACAGGUGGAACUAGUUGAGCUAAAGGAAGAAAGUGUCAAUAAAACUAAAUUGUUGACGAAAUUUAAAGAGGCUUUGCUGGAGCAACAAGAAGAAACUCUACAAAAAAAAGAAAUUGAACUCUCUGCAGAAAAAGAACGCGUUAAGAAACAUGAAGAAGAACAGAUGGAGCAAAUGAAACAGAAGGAAGUCAGUAUUGAAAAAGCUGAAACUGAUAUCAAAAUAAGAGAAGAAAUUUUGCAAAAACGAGAAGAAAAGUUGAAGCAAAAAGAAAAAAGUAACUGUUCAGUCUCUUGGGUUCCUGCAUCUGAUGGCGGUGUACCUGAAAAUGCAAUUGUAGGAGGACAAGAAGGAACCGAAACAUUGUAUGUUGGGCGAGCAAACCAUAGCGGAUCCCUGAUUCCUGGGAAAAUACAGCCCAACUUACAUUGCUCUGAAUUUAUGUACAAAGAUUACGAAGUUGCUGUAUUAGAUAACCAAAAUGUCUGUUCGAUUUCUUGGGUUCCUGCAAGGAAUGGUAAUUUCCCUCAGAAUGCAAUUCUAGGAGGACAUAACGAUCAAGGAGAAAAUUUGUAUGUUGGACGAGCGAUGGUUAAGGAUUCUGUGUGGGUUCCUGGAAAACUGCUUCCGAAGCAUAAAUCCUUGUGUGUUCCAUUCAACAGACAAGAAUCCUGCCACACUGAGUACCAUGUUGCAGUAAUAAACGAAUUGAUCCAAUGAUUGCUGAGUUAUUAUUUGUUAAUCAAUUGAAUUUCGUACUUAAUGUUUUUUUUUCAUUGUUGUGAAAAUGGCCGUUUUUGCACUACUUCAAAAAUGUAUACCUAUCCACAUUCGUAUUGUUUUGUACUUUUUUAAGUAAACUAAUUUCCCUUACUUUUGAUUUUCAGAUUUUUGUUUAGUACCUACUUACCUAUUUUGAAAAAGGGAAAAAUAGGCUCCGGUGCGGUAAUCGGCCUAACUAUACGUUUUGAGGGGUAAACGGAUAAUUUUGUAAGUUUUUGUAUGUAUGUAUAAAGGAGAAGGUACAAAUAUGGACCCCCUCUAGCUUUUCGGCUUUAAAGGGUAGAAAAAAUUAUCAACAAUUUUUUUUCGAAUAUACCAUUCAAAAGACCAAAGACUCUAGUAUUAAAAAAAAAAAAAAAAAAUUGUUGAAAACUCACGGAAAAUCUGAAAUUUAGAAAAGUGACAUAAAGUGGUAGGUACAAAUAUGGACCCCCUCAAAAAAAGAAUAAAAAUUUCAGAAAAUUGUACAAAAAUUUAUUUAAAGAUGUUUUUUGAUGCUAUGGAUUGUUUUCUUUUCUUGGUAUUCUAAAAACCAUUGAAUCAAAAUUAGAUGGAAAAAAAUUUAGGGGUCUAUAUUUAUACCCAUGCAAAAAAUAGGCAAAGUUUAUGAAAAAUGAAAAAAUCAUGGUCUCAUUUUUGACACUUCGGACUUGUCUUCUUUGUUAAUAACACUUUUCUCGACAUUCUAAAAAAUAUUGAAUCAAAAGUGUAAGGUGGCAUUAUGGCCUCACUGUCCUCUCAGUGCAUCUUGUAAUGAUUCGUAAGUUGGGGAAGAUCCAAUAAGACUUGGUUAAUUCCAUCCUUUAGGUCUUGACAACUUAGGGAUCGUUUGAUUUAUGAAGGUAAGAUGUAGGUACUUGCGAAUUUGAAGUAUUAUUGAAUCCCAGCAGGGGGUCUGCGCCAAUAUUAUUAUAUGGGCGGGGAGUUCGCAUUUGCGUCAUUGUAAUAUCAUUGGUUAUUAUAUUUCCCCCAUUGUUUGGUAAAAGUAGCGCGAGCCUAUCAGCUUUCAAGAUCGAUUUAGGAACUUUUAGGUGCUUUAGGUAUAACUUUAGCUAGGUUCAAUCUUGAAAUCACUUCUUGUUCAUUGGUCGAGUUGUAGAUACGUGAGUGUAGUACAGCCCAGUACUUAGGUGCGAUCUAUGAAUCGGUGGACUUGAGCAUUUAGUCCGCUUUCCUUCAACUUAAUCGUUUGAAAGUGUAUUUUAUCCCCUGUUUGCCCCUUUUAGGGAUUGGUUAAGUUGUACCUUGAUUAAGAGCAAUCAAGCACUUCAUCUUAGUUGCCCUGUCGUGCCAUUAUGAUUAAUUAAGUUUUCAUUGGUGAAUUAAACGUGAUUAGGCGGUCAAGCAUAGUGUCUCUGUUCUAAUUAUGCUAAUUGGUGAAUUUGAAUUGGUGAAUUUGUAAAUUGGUGAAAGUAUACAUUUGAGAAAACCUUAUAAUUAAGAGAAUGUAAUUUAAUACAACGAUUACAUUGGAGAAACUCACCAAUGUGUUAUUAUUUCAUGAAAAUGAGCCUAAUUGAUACAUUGGUUAGUCUUUAUCUUGACGUGUCUGACACUAUUGUAGUAGCUGCAGAGCUAGCAAGGGGUAAGUGCAAAUAGUUCCUUCUUGAUAUUACAAAGCGCCGUAUAAGGCUACUGGUAAUCUUUCACCUGCUAAGGAAUAUUUCUCAUCCUCAAUCCUAUUACCAUACGUGCUUGUAGGUAUACAGUCUAACAAAAGUAAUUAGGUAAAAAAAUUUAGGGGUCCAUAUUCAUACCCAUGUAAAAAAUUGGCUCAGUUUAUGAAAAAUGAAAAAAGUUAUGAAAAUCAGUCGAAGUAAAGACAAAUAUGAAAGUAUAUUUUGAAAGUACUCAUUGUAAGCUACUUACUUCGCUAAUAAUUUUUUUUUCAAACUUCAUUUGAAGUUGAUGAAUUACCGAAUGAAAAACUUGUAAAAUUUUCCAUUGGGAAGAAUAUAAUGCACAAAAAAACAAUUGCUGAUGAGAGACACCCAAGUAUACAUGGAUCUGAAAUAAGUACUUGGAUCAUCGAUACUACACUACUAGUAUAAUUUUUAGUUUUCAGCAUGACCAUAGCGCUAGUAGUUGUGCACUAAGCCAUGGGAGGGUCCAUAUUUGUACUUGGGUCCAUAAUUGUACCUUCUCCUCUACUUAUUUAUGCAGCCUGCAGGUGAAGAUUCUGGAGAUGAAUGCUAUAGAUUUUUUUUUUAAAUUCCUGAGCAGUAAAUUGACCUUGAAAGUAACUUUGCAAGCUAAAAAUGAUUGCAACCACAUGAAUAAAUUAAAGUUCAAAUUGAAUUUUUCGUAUUUCAAAUAUUAAGAAGAAAGAUAAAUGCCCUUCGUUUUUUUGCAAACAAUACGGCCAGCUGUCGCUAUGAAUUUUUGAAGUAGUACAAAAAUGGCAUUUUUCGCAACUUUGAUUAUUCCUCCAGGCCACAAAUAUACAACUCAAAUUUAAAAAACUCGCUCUGUUUUUUUUUAGGGUCCAAUAAUAUAUCGAUUAAGUAGAUUUCCGACCGAAACACAAAAAAGCUCCCAAUUGUUGCCCAGUGUCAGCAAAAUCCAUUUUAUUUAAUACAAUUUACAAUAGGCAUAUACUUUUGGAUAAUUAGGCACAUAUUUUGGUAUCUAAAUAAUUCGUGGAUGGUUGAAUGAAGAAUGAAAAAAUACCAUAGCCUUAUCUAAGUGUACCUUAGUUAUCUCAAGAAAAAAAAAUGAUCAAAAAUUAGCGAAUAACUAAUUGCACCUAAUAAUUAGGUAAUUAUUGACCCACGUUGCUGAACGUAUAGUAAAAGUUAAUCGCCAAGAAAUACACGAAUACGUAAUUUAAUAAAGAACAAAUCAUAACAAACUACAAAGUUGAUUGAGACCACGUGUAUAGUUAGUUGGUCUACUCGUGAGUCGAUGUACCUCAAUCUAUUCUUUCUUCUCCUCUCUCCUCGCUAUGCUAUACAUGGUUGGGUAGAUAAUGCAAAAAUCCCAUAAACGAAAACAUUUCGUUCAUAACACUAGAUAGGCAGAUGCAGAUGUGCUACAACACAGGUAGAAAUUAUCGCAUUGAUUAAUUGUGUUAUCCAUACUAUAAUCAACAUAACCUUUGAUAAUAUGGAAAAUAAUGAUGUCCCUCGUGAAAAAAAAAACCUGAAGUACGUAUGACUUCAGCAUUAUUUUUAUAUUCUACUCACGAAAUCAAGUA